AAGGAAAAGUUACCCAUCUACACAUAAUGGUAGAUUCUACUAUAAAUAAGAAAGUUUUUUUUACCAAUAAAAGAGAAAGAAACGAUUGAGAAGAAGAUAGGAAUAUGUAAUUAACAGUAAUUAAAAUCGUAAACGAAACAGCCACAAUGAUCCGUGUGUAGUCGAGUGUCACCAAUUUCUUCAUCUCGCCUCUUCCAAUUCACUGUUUAUCAAGAACUAAAUCUGCAUUGCAGUGUUGUGCAUUCUGUAUUCUGCUGGAGAAUGUGUGAACUCUGAAUUCACCCUUCUAGAACUUUGAUUGAAAGGCGUGCGGGUUUUUUGUUUCGUAAUUCUUAGUGUAAAAUCUUAUUGGAACAGAAUCUGUCAAUAAUCUGGAAGCUUAAAUUGUUUGGUUGAGUGUAAAUAUAUAAUUGAUCAGAUGGGCAAGGAAAAUGAGCCAGAUAUGAAAAAGGAAGAAGUUGGGGAUGAUGGUUCCUCGCGUGUGGAGACCGGGGAUUUAGAAUCUCGUUCUCGACUUAGUCUAGAGAGGGAAAUGGGAUUGCCGUGUUGUCGCGUGUGCCAGUGUGCUGAGUCUGAUAAGCGGGGAGAUGCUGCCCUAGAGUUUUUGGGCAUUACACCGGUUAUAGAAAGUAAGCGGGAAGUAAAGUUUGACGACAAGGGAAUUCCAAAAGAUACGGAUCUUAACAGAAACUUCGAAAGCAAAGCGGGGACGAUGGAAUUUGUUGGCCCUGAUGGGGAGGUUUUCGUAUGUAAGAACGAUUUGGAAAAUGGUUUAUCUCAUGAAGAUACGUUACUAGAACUUGGUUGUUCUUGUAAAAAUGACCUUGCUUUGGUACACUAUGCUUGUGCACUCAAGUGGUUUAUCAACCAUGGAUCUACCAUUUGUGAAAUAUGUGGACAUGUAGCAAAUAAUAUCAAAAUAUCUGACUUCAACAAGGUUGUUGGUUCUUUGAAAGAGUAUGAAGCAUUGAGGGAAAGAACUGUCAAUGGAGAUCCUGGUCCUGCACAAGAUCGUCCAAAUGCUAGUGUGGAUCCUGAUGCCGUGGCUGCUAUCCGGAGGCAACGAUUGAGUGAAAUUGCACUAUGGUUUUGUCCUCAUAAUAGCAGUAACUUUAACGACAAUAGCAAUGCGGACUCAGUUUCACAGCUUGUUUCUCAACAGCCUUUGAAUAUUUUUAUCGAAGAAGCUGGACCCGAACAGAACACUGCAACUAAGUGGGCUGUAGAAGGUACCGGGAUCCUGCUUGCUACAGGGCUGCUUACCAUCACCCUUGCAUGGCUUAUAGCUCCUCGUGUUGGGAAGAGUUACUUCUUCAAGAGAUACACAUUUUAUCCUUUCAAAUUUUCCCUUUUGACAACCCUAUUUGGAAGCCCAAAUCUUCUAUGAAGAUAAGUCUUUUGAUUGGACGGCAGUUCAUAUUAAAUUAAUACAAACACUUGCAAUUUUGUUGGCCCGACAUCCUUUUUUUGUGAUAUGUGCAAAUCUAGUUAAGAAAAAAUAUGUCACUUGUUUCUGCAAUGCAAGGCAUGUUACUUUCCUUUGGAACUGCCUUUUUAAGCUUUGCGGGGCAGCGAAUGUGGGGCUCAACCACAAAAGGCUAAAACAAUUUUUUAAUAGUUAACAAUCAACUAUAAAAGGUUGUUAAUAUUGCAAAGAAUAAAAGUCUGAAGCGUGUCUUAUUGGACUAUCAUUUAGUUUGUGUUGUAGGAGCAAAAUGCUUGUAUGUUUAAGGGUGUUUCUGACUCCAGAACAAGAGAGUUACUGUUUUGGACUGGAAAAGUGAUCGCAUGCUCAUUCCCUAUAGAUUGUGUUUAUAAGCACGUGCCUAAUACUACUGCUUAUAUUUGUUGUCCAGAAAACUGCAAGAAGUGGUCUUCAUAUCCUACUUGGAGGUGUUUGUGCUUUAACAGUGGUGAUUUUUUUCCGCUUCGUAA